GCAGUCAUCUGUCAGAAACAACUAGCGACUCCACACACAGACCUGUUAGAUUCCACCUCAGCUAUCUGUCAGACUGCUAGGGGCAGCACGGAAUCUGUAUAGUGCGUGUCUUGUGUUUCUCGCCAAUGUGGUGAAAUAGAAACGCGGGCUUCCUUUUAUUUAUGUCUCACGUGCGUAAAGUGACCGGCGUAGCCUAAACCUUGUUGAUACCCAACAGUCAAACCCUACCGGAGACGAGUUGUCUCCCAAUGAAGAUCCUGGAGGACGUCAGUCUGGACUCGGGGUACGGAGCCUCGAACUCCGGUAAGUCUCUGAGCAUCUCCUCGUUCCGAUCCCGACACUCCAAGGCGCACGCGAGCUCCCCGCCGCCGGGCACGUGGUGGCACCAUGCAGGCUCUCUGAACAGCAGGACCGGGAGUUGGGACACGGACAGCGCUGGACCGGAGGACGUGGAAGACAUUCUCUCUAAAUGCCCCCGGUUACCGGAGCUGGAAGAAUACCCCUGGACCGAUCAGGAGGUGGGUGACGUCAUGCGUAAAAACUGCAUCGAAGACGCCGCGUUCUCCGCAGACGCUAUCCACCGUCUGUCUGUGCUUUUGCGGAGAGCUCUUCUUCGGAUCUCACGUGAGACACAGAGACUCAGCGAGCUGCAUCGGCGAUGCACACGUUUUGAGGUCCAGAGUGCCGCGAGGCUGGUGUUGAGCUGGGGGCUCGCAGAGAAGUGCGUGGCGGGGACGGUGAGGGCCAUCUCACUGCACUGCAUGAGAUCCGGUGACACGCGCCGUAAACUGGGCAAAUCCGAACGCUGCGGGCUGACUCUCUCCGUAGGACGGUUUUUCCGGUGGAUGGUGGACACCCGUGUGUCCGUCCGUAUCCACGAGUACGCCGCGAUAUGCAUGACCGCGUGCAUAGAGAGCCUGGCAGAGGAGGUGGGUGCGCGGGUGCGCAUGGUGAUGGCGCACGAGAGGGGCUGCGGGGAAACCCAAGUCACGGUGACCGCCGAGGUCCUGGAGGGGCUCGUGAGCAAUGACACGGAGCUAUGGGGGGUCCUGCAGAGCUACGAACACCUCAUUUGCGGUAAAAACGCCAGCGGUGAGCUGUCCGUACCAGGCCAGGUGAGCUGGUACCUGCAGGGUGUCCCGGCUCCAGGGGGGAGCAGGGAGGAGGUGUACCUGCAGAUGGAGCUUAGCAGCCUGGAACAUGCCCUGCUUUCUACCUGUGUAGGAACCAUCUCAGAGCUCAGUGACCUGGUGUCUCAGGCCAUGCGCCACAUGCAUUGCUUCCGAACAGUUGGCUCCACCCUCAGCCCUGCUCGACCAGCCAAUCAGCAGCCAGUAUCAUGGGCCUCGGACGCCCUGCACACUCUCUUCUACUUCCUGUCGUCUCAGGAAGAGUCCCUGGAGAACCCCCCUACCAUGGCCCUGCACAGAGAGAGGCACUUCCUGUUCCUCCCCCCUCUCGUGGAGUGGAUCCGGAUUGCCGUGGCGCAUGCUAAGCACCGAAGAAGCCUAUUGGUGGACAGUGAUGAUGUCACACAGACAUCUCGCCUGCUCCUCCCAGGGAUGCACUGCGAGCCACGACAGCUGUGGCCAGAGUGCCUCCCAGGCUGCAGGGCGGUGCCUGCGGAGGUCCUCUGGGCCGGCCUACAGCAGGAGCAGGGCUUCAGGAUGCUGGCCAGCGGGAGGGCCGACCUGGUGACACCAGCCUCGCUGCUGCUGGGGGAGGAGGGGGUCAACACCCUGGACCUGCAGGGUCUGAGUCCUCUGAUGUUUGCCUGUGCGUCUGGAGACGAGGCUCUGGUCCAGAUCCUGAUAGAGGCUGGGGCCCGGCUGGACCUGCAGGUUCCAGGAUGCUCUCCCAGAAACCCCUCCGUCCACCCAGACACCCGGGGCUGGGCGGCCCUCAGCUUCGCUGUGCUGCAUGGACACCUCUCUGUGGCUCAGUUGCUGCUGGAGGCGGGAGCAGAGGUGGAGGGAGCUGCCUUGACAGACGGGCAGCACUGCUGCACUGAGACUCCACUACAGCUGGCCUCCGCUGCUGGUCACUAUGAGAUGGUGAGCCUGCUGCUGGUGUUUGGGGCUGACCCCCUGGUGAGGGAGCAGGAGGCCGGGGUCACAGGUUCCUCGCUGGACGAGGACCUCAACUGCUUCAGCUGCGCCACUGCUCAUGGACACAGGGACGUGUUGAUCAGGCUGCUGGGCCAGCUGAGGCAGCCGGGACCAGACUCAGACAUCCUGUCCCUGGAGGAGAUCCUGGCUGAGGGGGUGGACACCCCCAGCCCCACAUCCUCCACCCCCACAUCCUCCACCCCCAGUCCCACAUCCUCCACCCACAGCCCCCUCAGCUCCAGUCGCCUUCCCCGACUGUCCAAACCCAGGAUGAGGGCUGUCCAGCAGGCAGCCUACUGCAGCGCUGAGCAUGGUUACCUGGACAUCACCAUGGAACUGAGGGCUCUAGGCGUGCCAUGGCAGUUCCACGCCUGGCUGCUGUCUCUCCAGAGUGCCUGCCAGCUCUCCAGGGACGACGCCGUCCUUGCCCUCCUCUCAGACUUCCCCUCCCUGAGGCCGGAGGAGUACUGCGAGGCCCUGGUCUCGUCCGGCCUACCCCUGCUGUUCAGCAUGUUCGCCUCCAGCAAGGACUCUGAGGUGACCAGGAGGCUGGUCUCCAUCUUCUCCCACUGCUACAGUCCUGCUCCCAUUCCUACUGUUCCUCCUCUGGACACCUCUCUCUCCAUCCAGCUAGACGCUGUGUUUCUGAACAGCGAGGAGAUGUCUGACGUGACGUUCCUGGUGGAGGGACGUCCCUUCCACGGCCACAGAGUCCUGCUCCUGUCAGCCUCCGCCAGCUUCAGAUCUCUGCUGGGUCCAAGUGGGUCGGGCGGUUGCCCUGACAACAGGAUCAUACACGUCAGUGACAUCACAUAUGGAACGUUCGAGAAAAUGAUGUCGUCUCUAUACUGUGGAGGUACAGAAGGACUGACCCUGACACAGGACGACGCCAUGGAGUUACUGCCAUUGGCCUGUAUCUUCCAGCUGGGGCCGCUGCUGAGGUGCUGUGAGGCGCUGCUCUCCCAGAGCGUGACCCUGGACAGCUGUGUUGGGCUGUAUGAGGCUGCUGAGGGCUGCGGGGGGACAGAACUCAGGAGGUUCUGUGAAGGGUUCUUCCUGCAGAACAUGGAAGAACUCCUGGAGAGAAAGGACUUCCACAGCCUGGUGCUGGAGGACCACAGCCCAGGGACAGGGCCCCAGGAGGGGCUAGGCAGCCCAGGGACAGGGCCCCAGGAGGGGCUAGGCAGCCACCAGAACCCCCCUCCCCUGCUGGCAGGCCUGGAGGAGACCCUGGUGGAGAGGCUGUGCUCUCUCCACCCCACCUGCAGGAAGUGACAUCACACUAAGGAAAUGGCCUGUGUGCAAAACAUGACUCGUGUAAAACAUCACACGUGUAGAACAUCACACCUGUAGAACAUCACGUGUAGAACAUCACACCUGUAGAACAUCACGUGUAGAACAUCACACCUGUAGAACAUCACGUGUAGAACAUCACACCUGUAGAACAUCACGUGUAGAACAUCACACCUGUAGAACAUCACGUGUAGAACAUCAUGUGUAUAACAUCACACCUGUAGAACAUCACGUGUAGAACAUCACACCUGUAGAACAUCACGUGUAGAACAUCACACCUGUAGAACAUCACGUGUAGAACAUCACACCUGUAGAACAUCACGUGUAGAACAUCAUGUGUAUAA